AUGCCUACUUAUGCUAAAUUUAUCAAGGAAAUUGUGACCAAGAAUAUGAAAGUUGGGAAGUAUGAGACAGUUGAUUGCUUUGCUCUGAGUAAGUUGCCACCAAAACAAAAAGAUCUGGGUAGCUUCAUCAUUCCAUAUUCUAUAGGAGACAUCUAUGUUGGGAUGACACUUUGUGAUAUUGGCUCGAGUGUGAACUUAAUGGCUAAGUUAAUAUUUUUUAAGCUUGAGAUGGGAAAUACAAGACUCACCUCCAUUAUUUUUUCAAUAGCUUAUCAUUCCCAUGUUCGUCCCAAAGAGAGAGUCGAAGAUGUCAUUAUGCGGAUGGAUAAAUUUGUGUUCCCAAUGGACUUCCAUAUACUUGAUUGCGAGGUUGAUAAUAAUGCACCUAUAAUUUUGGGGAGUCCUUUCCUUGCCACUGGUCGCAUCCUUAUUGAUUGUAAAAAAAGUGAACUCACCAUGAGAGUGGCUGACCAGUGUUUGACUGUGAAUGUCUUUCGUACACAAAAAUAUUUUGAUGACUCGGAAGAAUGCAAGAUCAUUUUUGAAGUGGAUUCAUUGAUAGAAGUGGAAGAUUAA